AUGGUGCGCCCGUUUUCUUCAGCGGGAAAUAAAACCUCACAGAAAACGGAGGCUGGACUUGGACAGCGACGCCGAGUCAUCGAGCAUGGAGCUAGUAGCGUAAUUCAGGAGGCCGAUUCGAACGGCCAUCCCAAACGUUCCGGGACAAGUGGCGGGCCUCGCCGGCCAGUCCAGGACAUGUGGCGGGCCUUGCCCGCCCAUCCUGGGACUCGUGGCGGGCCUUGCCAGCCCAUCACAGGACAGGUGGUGGGCCUCGCCUGCCUGUCCCGGGACACGUGGCGCGUCUCGCCCGCCAGUCCCGGGGCAUAUGGUGGGCCUCUCCCGCCCAUCCCGGGACUUGUAGCAGGCCUCACUGGCCCAUCCCGGGACAGUUGGUGGACCUUGCCCGCCUGUCCCGGGACAAGUGGCGGGCCUUGCCCGCCCGUCCCAGGACAUGUGGUGGGCCUCACCCACCCGUCCCGGGAUAUAUGGCGGGCCACGCCCAUCUGUCCCGGAACACGUGGCAGGCCUCGCCCGCCAGUCCUGGGACCCGCUCGUACUGGGACACGUGGCAGGACUCGCCCGCCCGUCCCAGGACGCGCGGCAGGCCCCGCCCGCCCCUCCCGGGAAGCGUGGCGGGCCUCGCCCGCCUGUCCCAGCAGAGACAACACCUUUGCUCAGUCUUAG